CCGAACAUCACAUAUAGAGGUUUUUUAACAUGCUAAGACUCAAGACUUAUUAGUAGAGUUGUCAAAUGGUCGGGCCGUCCAUGGGCUUGACCAGUCCAAACUGUGAUGGGCGGUUCAUGGGCUUGACCAAAUAACAAAUGGUCCAAUUGGGCGUAAAACCGUUUUCACCCGUGGACAAUUUGGUCCUGUCCGAAUGGGCUCUGGGCGGCCCAAACCAUUAAAAAAAUUAGGGUUUUUUAAUUUGGGGAAAAAUAAUUUUCGCGAUUCUCGCGAUUCUGGUGAUUUUCGCGGUUCUGGCGAUUCUCCACUUCUCCUCCAUAAACGAUCUGUGUUUGUAGCUCGAUCUAUGCUUGUGGGUUCAUCAAUCAUCACCUCCACAUGUAAUUUCUUGCGAUUCUCCAGUUCUCUCUCUUGUCUCGGCCCUUCCUCUCUCUUUCUCUCGACUCUCGUCUCGGCUCUGUCGUCUCUCUCCUUCUCUUCUUCGCAUUAACCGUAAGUUUCGAGAUUAUCAUACUGUGUUUUGAUUAUCAUACUGUGUUUUGAUUAUCAUACUGUGUUUUCUCCUCCAGAGCUCUUUUGUCUCUCUCCUUCACCUUCUCGUCAAUCGCUUGCUUGAGUAUUCUUCUUCGCAUCCGUUUUGGAUUGAAACUGAAGGCCUCAUCUGCUCAGUGCUCAUAAGAAGGGUUCAUCGAGGGUUAGAUUCUUAAACUUUUUAGCAUGUUUCUCUGAGAUUUGGAUUAUGCUUAAGCUUCUUGUCUGGUUUAGAUACUUUGGAUUAAGCUUACGCUCGUUGGUAUUUCCCUGAGACUUACAUGUUACAGCCAUGUUAAUAAUAGCUCAUGUUCUUUGCUUUAAAUGAACGUAACACGUCUGUUCUAUGUGUAUCUGUUGUGUUAUUACAUGUGUAUGUGGACUGAUUAAGCAUUUGUCUAAUUGUUACAGGACGAUGAACUUUGAUACUCCAAACCUGAUUGACGAAGAUAACUUUUAUGUUGAAGAUGAAGACAUGGAACAUGAAGAUGAUGACGAGGUCCAUGAGGAUGAUCCAAUGCCUCAAGAAACUGCUUCUUCAGAAAAAGGUACCAGUAGUGGUAGUUCAAGUAGACGUCGUGCUAAGUGCUGGAAUAACUUCACAGUAGGGGAAAAAUAUUCUGAUGGUAGAACUGAUGUUAGAUGUAAUUACUGUCAAAAGAGUUAUUGCUUGAAUCUGCGUCAAAAUGGAACUAAUACCAUGAAUCGCCAUAUGAGGACUUGCUCAAAAUGGAACUAAUACCAUGAAGAGUUCAGUGACAUAUUAGCAAUUGCGGCAGUACUUGAUCCUCGACUGAAGCUUGCGUUUUUAGAGUAUUGUUACAAUAUUCUAGAUCCUGACACUGCCAAAUUGAACGUGGAGUAUAUUCGUGAGAAGAUGGUCAAGCUUUACGGAGCAUAUAAGAAAGACACAAGCAUCACUAGAGCAUCUACUUCACAUGCUCCUCGACACAGCAUCCCUUCAGGAUAUGAUGGCUUUUAUGCUUACUGCUCUCAAAAGACGGGUGGUAGUGGGAAAUCAGCAUUAGACACAUACUUGAGCGAGCCAGUGGUUGAUAUUGACAGCUUUAGAAGUUUGGAUGCUGUGUCAUACUGGAAGGACAAUGCAAGCCGCUUCAAAGAGUUGUCUUCAAUGGCUUGCGAUGUGCUCAGUAUCCCUAUCACAACAGUGGCGUCGGAAUCAUCCUUUAGCAUCGGUAGCCGAGUCCUCAACAAGUAUAGAAGCUGUCUACUACCCACAAAUGUUCAAGCUUUGAUCUGCGCGAGGAACUGGUUCCGUGGCUUUCAAGAAAUUGGUGAUGAGAUUGAGUUUACUUCUUAGAAAGAGAAAAGAGGUAUGAUUAUGUUUGCUCUCCCAUCUUUAAGUUUGGAUUGUUUCCUAUUUAGCUGAAUCAAACUGAGUGCUAAAUACUUUGAAACUGAGUGAUAACUCUCAUAGCACUGUUUUUUGAUGAUUUGCUUUAGAACUGAUAGUUUCUUUGAUGAUGUAUUUGCUUUAAGUCAACUGAUCACGAAUGAUAGUUUAGACACAUUAGUUUCUUGUACAUCCGUAAUACUAGGUUAGGUUCUGAUGAAAUGGAAGCAGUUUGUUUGUUGUACUUGUUGAUGUUGUUCUCGGUUCUUGUUUAUGAAACUGAUAAAAGUAACUUUCUUGUGUGAGUAAGAUCUGAUUUGUUUCUUCAUUCACUGUGAGCAGUUGAUUCUCUUCACCUUUCCUUCAGAGACCAUAAACCAAGAGCUACUUUAGAAGAACGGUUCCAAUGACGAUCAAGAAACACUAAGUCAACACAUUAUGUUUGAGACUUUGUUAUCUUUUGAGACUUUAUUAUAUUUGAUACUGUGAGUUUGAGACUUUGUUAAUUGUUAUGUUUGAGUUACAGACUUUGUUAUGUUUGAAACAUUAAGCACAAAUAAAUUUGAAACA